AGUCGCUUUUAACUUGCGGCGGGUCAGCAAGACAGACAAGGCGGCCCCCGGAGCGGGGAGGCGGAGCGCCAGAGCUCGGCUUCCCGCCCGGCGAAGCUCGGGCUCAGGACUGCGAGGGGGAAGAGGGGCUCCCGACCCACAGCCGCGGGACCUGUCCCUUUAAACGCGCUGGGGCGUGGGCCGGGCGCAGUGCGCAUGAGUCCGGGGGCUGGCGAGGCGCGUCCCUCCCCGAGCGGGACUCACAGCAGCCGGGAGGGCUCCCCAGCAGCUGCACCUGCUCGGAGCGCGCGCGUGCGGCGGGGCCGCCCAGAGCUGAAUGCAGUGAGAAGCCCCACUGAAGACACCGACUGCUUUCUGUGCUGCGUGACAAACUGGCAUUGGAGUGCUCGUUCUUUGGGGUGGGAUGCCUAGAAAUGUGAUGUUGGACUUCACUGAAAUGGCAUCUGAAGUCUCGCCGAAGUGCAGACUCGAGAGCUUUGAAAGAAGUGGGAGCUUGGAGAGUCGAGGCAGCCACUCUAGGUGCAGGAAUUUUACUUUGGAUGAUGAAAGUCUGCAAUACCUAACCCAUGAGGAGAAGGAUGUUCUCCUAUUUCUUGAAGAAACCAUUGAUGCUUUCGAAGAUGACUUGGAAGAACAGGUCCUCCACGACAGCGGCAUCCACUGUCAUUCCCCAAGAUCAAUGGAAGAAAAUGCUUCCAGCCAUUCAGAGUCUGAAGAUAUCAUUGACUUGGUGCAAGCAACCCCGGAAAGCAGCGAUCCAGAGUGCACUGCAAACAGAGAAAUAGCAGCAGUGUCAGAACCUGCCGGGAGAGUGGAUGAUCCUAAGCCAGAGGGUAGCGAGCUGCCGGAGAAGAGUCUAUCUCCCGAUGCUCCCACAACCCAUGCGUCAGCCACUCCGUUGACGAGUAAUGAGCAAGUUCUUGCUCCAUGCCAACUGCAGCACCCCAGUCUUCAUCGUUCCAUCCCCACUCCAUUUGUCCUGGCCCAGAAAGUGUCUGAAAACCAAAAUACAACCAGGACAUGCUCUUCCCCUAAGCACCCUCCGCUGCCAGCAACCAAAUCCUACCGGUUUCCAAGUAAUAUCAACAUAACCAAUGCAGCUGGGAAAGAUUUCAGCCGAACGAUCUCUAAGGCAGCAGUCAAUGUGCAGGAGCGCAAGGCUCAAGUGCUGGCCAGCAUGAAUGGAGCAGCCUUUGAGACCGCUGAAACAGAAGAGCGGGUGCAGAAGAAUGAGUUCUUGACUCGCAGUAGAAGCUCCUCCUUAAGAGACUUAACUUCUGAGCAAAUACGCUACGAGGCUCUCACGAAACUAGGCCUGGUGAAGGAAAAGCCACGUCUAAUCCAACAAUAUCCUGCCCCAAACACACAGAAGAUACAAGACUUGCAGGCAGAACAGGAAGAGGCAGUUCCUAAUGGGUAUCAAAAUAUCCACACGCUAUUAAAAUGUAAUCCUAGCCCUUUCCUUCCUAUGGGCAAGACCGUGAUGAUCAAACCAGACAUGGCUAUCAGCAGUGACAAGGUUGUUUGGCAGAAUGUUGCCAAAAGCUUUUCUGACCAUGGGCAGUCCACUUUAAAUCUGGAGAUGAGAAAGAGGUCAUGCUCGCUACCUAGGCCUUCAGGAUUUCGAUCCCAGGGGAUAACAGUACAAUUUUCCGGCCGAGGCUCAACAGAAGAAGCCAGGAAAGAGGCUCUUCGGAAACUUGGGCUGCUGAAAGAGACUAUGUGAAAAUCUGAGGGGACCAUCCUGUUACCUGUGGGGAGGGAGCGAAUGGAUUGUCCUUGUGCUGGAAGAGUCAAAACCAAAUUGGGUUUAAAAGGAAGCCGGGUGAACAAAGGGCAGUUCUCUCUGCUGCUUCAACCCAAGAAGGUUCUCCAUACUGUACAAUUGCAGGGAUUUACUGUCUUCACAUUAGAGAGACUGCAGGGGGUUCAGCACUACAUCCCACCAAGAAACCCUGUCUAGUGGUGACUAGAAAGAAAAGUCUUCACAAAAGUCCUGGCUGUAGCAGAGGGCAUUGUGUUCAUGAAGUGUUCUGUGCAGUAUUUUUUUAAAAAUUGUAUGUAGCUGGCAAAUGGAGGAUUUUCCUUAUGCUGUACCAUUCUGAAGCCAAAAAAUAGACAGAUCCCUGCAUGCAUAUCUAUAUUUUGGCGGGGGCAUGUCAAGAUCCAUUAAAACUCAAGUCUUCAACCUAUGUGAUAAAAUUCCAUGAUCUUUCUUUCCUAUCCUAUUGUAUUACCCUGCUCUGCCCUCGUCGAGAUAGAACAGUUGAUGGAAUCUUCCUUUUCAUCACUCUGUCCAAAAUCUCAACUCAAGUACGUAUCUGACUUGUACCUCGCUACAGAGGGUGGUUUUCUGUUUGACCUUCUCCUGGACAUAGAGGUCCAGGCUCGGAGUGGGUAACCGCAUUGUUCUGCCACUUUAUUUGAAGGCUGUCUCCUCCUCAACAGUUGCCUCUUGAACAUCUAGCAACCGGGUGUACAGUGAAAGGCACCUGCUAGCGCUCAAGGAUACAUAAAUAUAUGUCAUGUCUCACUCACAACCAAAGAGUAACAUGACAAUCAGGAAACUAAACCUUUAUAUAUAAGAAAUGACUACCAGAGAAGCCAUAGGAAUCAAGUUAAUUUUGUGCCGGAAGUGAGCCUUUUGUUUAAUGUCUCUCUUUAAACAAGUGUUCAGUGGAGGAAACCUUAUUGUUCUGAAAUAAUUGUUCUAGCCCACUAAGCGACUGUGACUCAGCACUGUUACUGUUAUUAACUCUUUUUUCCCCUUAGUCUAUCGUAUGUCUGUAGCGCUUUGAGAGCCUUAAUAAUUCCCAAUUCUUUGCAAAAUCAUCCUGUCCUACUAAUGUGCCACCAAAAUUAUAACCAGAAUCCUUGUACAGUGAGCAAUUAAGGGAGAUUGUAUUUAUGCACACUUGUAGAUGUCAGAAAUUCUAUCCAAUUCCCACUUUCCUGUGCCCAGUAGGCAGAGUUAAAAGGUAAUGAGAACAUUUUAUUUUUACAUGUUAGAAGGGAUUUGUCUCAUAUUGCAGAGUUACUCUUUCUAAGCAAAAUAAUUCAUUUUCUUCCAUAUGUAUUCCAAAAUAUUUUAAGAAUAGAAGCUAGUUUUGAAUCUAAUGACAAAGUAUCUGAACCUAUUUACUCAUCUUUAUUUUUUGUAACUUGUAAAAGGUCCCAAACUUGUAAUUUUGCCUAAAGGAGAAAACAAGCGCUCGCGCUCUCUCUCUCUCUCUCUCUGUUUUGUUUUUGUUUUUGGUUUGUUUUUGGUUUUUGGUAGCCUGUAGCAAUUUUUUUUC